AUGCUAACAAGAUCCAAUUGCGACUGGUUACGCGAUGGAGCCGGGCUGUAUUUCGCAAAGACACCUUCUGAGCGGGCUUUUUUACCGUCCUCAAGUUCCUCCCCAGCAACAAACUUGUUGAAAGAUUUGUCCAAUUGUCCCCAAACUUUGUCAAAUCCUGAUCUUCCAAGCUUGCUACCAAACCAGCCAGAGGCGUCCACUUCUGUUUGGGAAAGUCUUUCCAUCAGCUUUGCGCUUUCAAGAGCAACAUCUGGAUCAAUAUAUGCGCCUCUUGAUUUCAAUGAAGAGCUGAAAUGGUCGACAUAG